AUGCCCAUCCCAGUUGUUCUUUGCGGCCGGCUGGAGAAAGUGGGUUCCAUUGUGAUCUCAGAGCUAGAACCUGACUAUGAAGUCACAUAUUUCGUCAUGAGCAUCGAGGACGGUAUACGCAACCUCCCUCUUAUCCUGUCUGGUUCCACCCCAGCCAAUGACAAAAGCAGUCUGGGUUCGAAAAACUACUCGGCUCCUCCUAAAGCUGUCAUUCUAGGAGGCGGAUACGAUGAUGAAGCUGUCACUCAACUUCGCGAAGCUGUUACUAGCUCACCAGGAACAGUAAAGAUACCUUGGUUGAAAGCGGAUCCCGAAAAGACGAAGGCAGGUCCUACUCCGGGAUCAGAGGAGUACUGCAGGGCGGCGGCAUCUCGAAUGAAAUAUACACUUGGAAGUAUUCUAGCGAGGGGUGAUCUUGAAUCAGAAGAUGACGAGACAUUUUACUGGUGA